AUGGACCUGUAUGAGGCCUGCGAGAAUGGCAAUGAGGAGCGUGUGGUGGAGUUGCUGGUGUUUAGCAAGCUAUCUCCAGCGUCUCAGCUUCGCGCUCGAGGGAUCGCAGGUAGAACAGCCCUACUUGCUGCAUGUAUGGGUGGGCAAGCGAGCGUUGUUCGUCUGCUGUUGGGUGAGAAAUGCGUCGUGCAUUUCACAAGUAGAUCGGAGGAUGAGGUCGUGGAGUUGUUGAAGCCAUUAGUGAAGCUAUUCCAGCAAUUCCCAAGUUCAAGCGCGCUUUUCAAAGUGUCGAUGGUAACAAAAGACGGAGGUUCCGAUGUGGUGCCCAUGGCCGAAGUUCAGCUACCCCCGCUCUGGGCGAUCCCUCCGAGUGAAUUGCUGGAAGGCAAGCAGCACGUAGACUACUUUGGCAAUACACCGCUACAAUGUGUGAGUUGUUUCGGUUGUGGUUCCAAUGCAAAGCACAUUGACGACGGAUUGGACAUGACAAAGCAGCUUUUGGUCCACGGAGACCAGCCUAAUUUACCCAAGAAAAGCAACAAAUGGGCACCGCUGCACUGGGCUGCAUACAACGGGAAUCACGAGCAAAUUGCGAUGUUGAUGAAUCCAGUUUUACACAUUGGAGGUGGUAUACAACGCUUUGCCAAGACUCAGUUUGCCAUUCCACUGAUGAUCGAUACGGACGACCUGUUUGCGGUGGAUAUUGCUGGACGUCGUGGACUUGCGCUUAAAGAUGAAAGGACCACCUUACAACGACAAGUAAGCUCGAAAGAUGACGAACCAAACGGAGAAUAUGUUCGCUGGCGUCUACGACUUGAUCAUGUCGAAGUUGUACGGUUACUUAUUCACGAGUUUCUUGCGAAUGGGGCGCAUCUUACACGAUAUGUGGCCGAGAUGAAUGCUCGCAACCCGCUGUAUCCUCAGAAGAACAAAUCCAACCUUCUGACGGUACAAGACGCAGUCCGGUACGCCCAGCAUCUUCUUUACUGGGCAGGUUGCUUCGGUCUUGUCGAAGACGCUCGUUCUCUGCUUCAGUUAGAACUGAAAAUGUCAUCGAUUAGCAGCAAUAGUGGCGCUAAGGCGGCGGUCAAACCUUUGGUAGCACAGAGUACUGACGACAAUAACCUCAAGAUCUCUCUCCGGAUGCUGUACACUUGUUCGUGUGAAUAUGGUAAGAGACAAUCUGUGCUUCACGCUGUUGCAGCACACGGUCAAUUAGAAAUCCUUAAGCUGUUUCUCGACAAAAUGCUAGACGAUCAACUACAUCCUUCGGAUUCAGCUACUCUCAUUGGAAUUUCCAAGUUGAACGGAGUAAAACCAAAGAAAAAUAUCGUCGUUCCUAUCGUCAUGACUAUGGAGAUGACUGAAUCGAACAACGAAACUGAGAGAACGGAACAACUGAAUAUUUUGGACUACGUGAACGCUGGUUGGACAAACUACCGCAACGAAACCCCCUUGUUUCACGCAAUACUCUAUCUUCAAGAUAGCGCGGUGAGAUUAUUCGCCAACAUCCUUUGCCCGAAAAGUCUCGCGUGGGAACUUGAAAACGUGAAUGUCGAGGGAUCCUUGCUACAUCAUAUUUCAAGUGAGACUUCUCGACAAACGCUCGGCAUUGAACACCAAUCCGCGCGACCUGAAUACGUGAUGCUCUUCGAUGGAAUGAGGAAGAAACAGUUUAAAGAGACUGUCAUCGAGACGAUGCACGAAGAGAGCUCUAUUGCUCCAUCACUUGUCGUGACUCGGUCGGGUGUUCGUGAAACAGUUUCUGGAACUUGUAAGGCAAGGGGAGAGAUCGACUAUCUCGUUGUCGGUGCUGCGGAUGAGGUGCUCAUUCAACAGGCUCAAGUACUACAGCUCAAAGUGAAACAUCGAGGCUCGUCAACGCGCUCCAUAUACAACGCUAGCUCUCCUGAAUCAUUUGAGAGCUUUCGAUCGCUACAACGUCAACAAGUGAUUCUCAGUAUUAUCCAGAGGAAGAUUAACCUCCAGAAUCACAUCAAGAACGGCAACAUUAUCACGAUUUUUCCUUUGCACGAUGUCAUGGGCUGCCGCAACAUCAUUCGUCAUUGGGGCUACACGGAUUCUUCCCAACGGAUUUUCCAGCCCUUUACAGGCAACAGCCUCGAACAGUUUUUCUUGGAGCGUAAGCGACAUCAGUACGAAAUGUUGUGGCCACUUCUCACGUAUUUUGGAGAAAAGCAUGCGUUCUACUAUGCUUUUGUGACGUUUUACACUGUGUGGCUGCUUCCGAUUGCUGUGCUUGGAAUGGCUUGUCAAAUGUUGUGGCUAGCGAAUAAUGUCAGUUUUGUGCCGCCACUUUUUGCGAUUGUAGUGUCCAUUUGGGCCACGCUAAUGGUGGAAUGCUGGAAACGCAAACGUAGUGAAAUACAGAGAAAAUUUGGGCAUUUUCGACGCAACCGAAGCGAGGAAACUCCAGGAUUCUACGGGGAUUUUCUAGUUGAAACCACGAUGAUACGAGCAAAAUGUGCCGUCGAUGUGAGUUUUCCGAGAGCUGUACAGCUUGUCAGAAUUUAUACUGGUAUUCCCUUACUUAUGACCAUGGCUAUAGCCGCAGUGGUGAUUUUUGUUGCAGUCAAGACGAACACUGCGUCAUCGGCAGUCGUGCAUAACGCCAUGCCGUGGUUGCCAGUGAUAUUUGUCCCUUACGUCGUUCCAUUUAUGAAUGCGGUAUCAAUGUUGCUGCUUGAUACUUGGUAUACCCGACUCGCUCGUUCGCUCACCACCUGGGAGAAUCAUCGCACGGUUUGGGAGUUUGAAAGCAUGCUCGCCACUAAACUGUUCUCUUUCAAAUUCUUAAACGCUUUCAUCUCAUUAUUCUGGAUCGCAUUUGUGGAUCAGAACGCUACUGCGCUUCGCAAACAGCUCUUGAUCAUCAUGGGAGUUCGUCAGUUGUGGAAUUCAAUUCAGCGAGAUGUCUUACCAAUGUUUCACGUGCGGUAUCGAUGGAAAAACGCUGGAUUUCGCUUUCGACAGGCAUCCGGUCGAGUCAAAAAUUGCUGGUCCAUGUCAAGUCACGAAUGGUACGACGCAGAACUUUCAUAUUCGUCCACAGCAAUGUCAUUGAGUGGAAAAGAACGUAUCCUUCCUCCUCCUCCGAUGGUUCUCCUGCAAGAACUUAUGUAUCCCCACGAUUUUCUUAUGGGGAAGCAGAUGGAAGUAGUUUUACAGUUCGGAUACGUUACCAUGUUUGUCUCGGUACUACCUGUGGCGCCUUUGUUUGCUCUACUAAGUAAUGUUGUGGCAACGCGUCUAGAUGUAUUGAGUUGCACGCAAGCUAAACGACGUCCACCUUUUGAAAGCGAGACGGAGGUGUCGACGUUUAUGAGUAUCCUGGAGUUUAUGAGCUUUGCUGCUGUCGCUGUCAACUGUGCUGUGCUCUUCUUCACUACCAGAUCGGAUUUUGAAAGCCUAAUUCAAGUGAUACGUCCGGGUUGGAGAGAGGAUACAACAACUGAUAACUCAAGUGCAUACGUAACAGAACUCUGGCUGCUGCUUGUAAUUGAACACGUCGUACUGGGAGCCAAAGCUCUUUUGUCGUUGGUGAUAGAUGACUCGGCGUCGUGGGUGCGUCUAGAUGAAGACCAAACAGAUGAAGAGGAAAAGAAGAGGAUGCUCGUUGUCAAUACUCCGAUAUAUCCAGCAACAGUAAGAAGCUCGACUGAAGAUCUAGACAUGACGCAACAUCGAGGCGGCGUCGACCAGUCCAAGUUCAACCAAGUUUUGGCAAAACAGUAUUUAGUGGCUCUCCAGGAGCGAGAUGAGGCCUUGAAGCGCGAACAAACAGCUAGGCAACUGCUUGCUGAAUCGAUGAAAUACGCAGAGAAGGCACAGAUCCAGACUGUUGUUGCUUCUAGCUCGAACGAAUCUGCAGCUACAAAUUUGACCCCCUGUGAUUCCAACUCUGGGCGUGUUCCAACCACAAUAGAAGACGAGAGGAAUUUGGACGCAUUCAACGCACGAGAUAGCAGAAGUAGUGAGCUGGGACGACGACAUUGCUUCUUGUGUUUUGCAUUGAGAAAUCUCCGGAUUCCAGCGGAGAAGCGAUGUCUUUCGUGCCAUAUCGCGCUGUGCUUCGCUUGCGACGAGAUUAUCCACCUGGACGACCUGGGAGUGAAGGAACUUCCACAUUUCCGAGUGAAGAUGUGUGAAGAAAUGUCACGCAAAACGGUGAUAGCUGACGAGCACAGUGUGCGCAUUAAAGUGGAGUCAAACAAUAUCGACGUAAGCCCCGAUUACCAUUCAACUCGACGCUGCAGCGGGCACGAAAAGAAACAAUUGAGGGAACUGCGAAGACAUGUCGAGAGCUUUAUUUCUCACUGCGACGUCUCUAAUGCACAGCAACUGACAAGUGACGAAGCGUUUAAGCGUUGUUGCGCGAACGUUCGCAUUGCACUGCGCUAUCUUCGUAAUCAUGAGCGACAGCGUCUGUAUCUCGAAAGCUCGAACCCGGCGGUCUCACCAGCACUUGCGUCAGUCUCUAAAGAACUCUGUGACUAG